GAUGGACACAACGAAUCAGUCAGAAGACAUAAAACCUUGCGAUUCUGAUUUGAUGGAAUCAAUUUUGAUGUUUGAUGAGCCCAUUUCCGACAUUUUAGCGCAUAAUAAAUUGUGGAUUAGUCAUGCCAGGACGAGAUCCAAUUUCUUUCCACAAGAAGGUCGCCACAUUUCCAAUCAACACACCGAAGCAGCGACAUCGUUGAAAAUGUGGAUGCUUUCAAAAAAUUUGGUGGUCAUUGUGAAAAGAAAGGACGAUAUAUUCCCUUGCAAAAUUCUGACACGCAACCCGGAAAACCUAUUUGUGGCUCGAUUUCUUGAAAGCGGAAAAGAAAAGCAUAUUCAGGUAGAGUAUUCGGAUAUAAUAAUGACAAGAAGUGAACUCGAAAAAGCCCUGCCAUUGUGCCAACACUUGAUUCCAGCGAGAAACUGGGACGACUUUUACAUAAUCCGCGAUUUUGAGAAAGCGACUCCGUAUUUUGAACAAGGCUUGUCCGCAUUAGUGAAACCUGGACAGCAAUUUGAAUUGCAACUUGAAGAUGCACCGGAUUUUUACGUCAUGGCCACUGUUGUCAAAAAUUAUCGUGGUUUCCUGUUGGUUGAAUAUCAAAACUUCAAACGAUGGAUACAUAUGCUCAGCCCAUACUGUCAUGAAAUCGGUUGGGGCAAAAACGAGAAGCAAGAGUAUUUGAAACGAGGCCCCUACAAUCGACACAUGAACGUUGACCUGGUUGCCGGACUCGUGAAACAAUCGACAAAUCAAAAACUCGGCGCUGUUCCAGAAAUAGUCUUUAGAAACAAUUGCCCAGUUCCCCAUCGUAUUCCAGAAUACAGUGCAUGUGUCUAUCUGGACUUGGAUCAGAAACGCUUUUAUUUUGCUCACAAGGUCACUACAAAAACUUGCAGGAACAACCGUCAUUUUUUCAAUAUUUCAAUUGGAAAAAAUCUUGUGACCAGUAAGCAAAAUAAUAGACCCUACGAGUUUCAUGUCUAUCAUCCAAGAAUUCUACCAUAUUCAGUUGCUAAACGGAUGGAAGUUCAGAUAAUUCUACCGCCUGAUGUCAAGCUGCUUCCUGAUGAAUCAAAUUUAGAUGGUUACCUUCGUACGUAUUGCAAUCCGUGUGAUAAACACAAAACAAGUGACCGAGUGCAGCCUUCGCCAAAAAUUGCUAAGAAAAAGAACGGACCUCUUUUGCUUGACGAUACUCCGGACGCAAUGUUCAGAAGCAGGCCGCUGCUCGGAGACAACAUUGGCGCGCACAAAGAGUGGACAAAUUUCAUGAAUCAUAUACCAGAUUACAAACGAAAGGAUUUGCUUAAGAGCAUGGAUACGCUCAAAUUUUGUGAGAUUUUCCGGCCUACACCUACAGGAGCGUUGCAGUUGACGGCUGCCGAAGUGACUGGACAGCAAGAAUGCAUGCUACGGCUAAAAGUGAGCGGCGAGGAUGAACCUGUGUACAUUCACAAUGCCGAUCCACAUUUGUACCAUCUGGGAGCUUGUCUUGACAUGGAGCUUGCUAUCAACUUUCACGGAGAGUUUUUCGAUGAGAAGCCCCUCAAAAAGAACAAAAACGCCAACAACGGAUUUUCGAGUUUUUGACUGGUCUCUCACUCCAAUUCAUUUUUCAUACGCUUUCAUUCAUAUGAUUUGUCAUAAAUUACCGCUAUUAUUCUAUCCUCCUUGGGUAUAUCUCUUUUCAUACCUCGCAAACAUUCGUUCGUUUCAAAUGUGUAACUCACUAGCAACCUUCGUGUUCCCUUGUUUUUAAGUGUGCUGUUUAUAUAUUUUGAUAAUAUUAGAGUAAAUAUGAUAUAUGU